UCGUUAAAACCCCCCAAAACAUCUCCGAUCUAUUCGCACAUUCUCAAUUCAACCUUCUGUCAACGAUCCACAGCCCUAAUUCUCCACUCCGAAAUUAUGCAACCCCAGAAAACCCUACCGGAAUCCGACUUACCGUCGCUCGCCGCCAUCAAAGUCAAGUCAUCAUCCCCUCGUUUCCGUCCUACCAAUCAUUCCGCCACCGAAACCCCCACUGCCGGCGCACAACGCAGGAUAGGCAUCGCUGUCGAUCUUAGCGACGAGAGUGCCUUUGCUGUAAAGUGGGCCGUCCACCAGUAUCUCCGCCCCGGUGACGCCGUCAUCCUGAUCCAUGUCCGUCCUACUUCCGUCCUUUACGGCGCUGAUUGGGGCUCCGUUGAUCUCUCCAUUGUCGACACUGACAAUGAGGAAUCACAGCAGAAGCUCGAAGAUGAUUUUGAUACUUUCACCACUACGAAAUCCGCUGCCCUAGCGCAACCUCUGGUCGACGCGCACAUACCGUAUAAGAUCCAUAUCGUGAAAGAUCAUGACAUGAAGGAGAGGCUUUGUUUGGAAGUUGAACGACUAGGGUUAAGUGCGGUUAUCAUGGGAAGCCGAGGAUUCGGUGCAACAAAACGCGGAACCGAUGGGAGGCUCGGGAGUGUUAGCGAUUACUGUGUCCGUCACUGUGUGUGCCCGGUGGUGGUUGUGAGAUAUCCCGAUGAGAAAGAUCCCGCUGCUGCUGUUGAGCCGGUGGUGUCGGUUGCAACAGCCGAUGAUGAGGAAGAUGACCCUGAAUUCCAUGAUGCAACCGAUGAACGAAAAUAAACAUAGAUGGAAUGGUCUCUGUUUGAAUCUUUCAUUUAGAGGAUGACCAGAAGGCAUUGCAGUGUGCAAAGUCGAGGUGGGAUUUAGUCAUUUUUUAGUGUUUGGAUUUGAAUGGAUGUCGUAUAUGAUGAGGUAGAAACUCAUGCUAGUUUUUUUUUUUUUUUUUUUUUUUUUUUUAAUGAUGAGUAUGUUGUGUCUAUUAUCAGUUAUUUAACUGGAUCUAUGUGACAUAAUACUUGAAUGUAAUAUAACUAUGUCUUUGAUUAUGUAUCCUCAAAGAUUGUUGCUAUUGUUGAA